UUAUAGAAACAUGAUUCUUUUUAUACAUUUAUUUUUAUUUCUAAGGUGAUUUUUUUAAAGCAUAUUUAACUUUAAUAGGGCAUGUCUAAGUGUACCUAUACCCAACAAAAUCAUACCGAACAUACACGGUAUUUAGAGAUAUUAAAGGGUGAAUUUGUAAAGAAAUUUGAGCUUCUACCAAAGUUUACUAAAACUCCAAAUGAUUUUGACAGAAUCAAGGCAAUUGGUAAUGGCGCCUAUGGUGAAGUUUUUCUAGUUAGAGAUAAGAGUACAUUCACAUAUCACGCCAUGAAAGUCGUGGAAAAAGGUGUAGUGGUUGAAAGGAAACACGUUAAACAUUUGCUGUUAGAAAAGAAAAUUCUUCAAUGUAUUCAAUUUCCUUUUGUUGUAACUUUGGAUAUUGCGUUUAAAGACAACAUUUAUCUUUAUUUUAUACUUCCUUAUAUAAUUGGAGGAGAACUCUUCACUUAUAUACAAAACUAUGGAAGCUUAUCAGACAAUGUAGCCAAAUUUUAUGCUAGUCAAGUAACGUUGGCGUUAGAGUAUUUACAUUAUUGUGACAUUGUGCAUCGAGAUCUCAAGCCAGAAAAUAUUUUAGUUGAUUCAAAUGGUUACAUAAAAAUUUGCGAUUUCGGAUUUUGUAAAGUACUGAAGAAAAAAACUUGGACACUAUGCGGAACACCAGAAUAUUUAGCGCCAGAAGUUAUAAGAUCGAAAGGUUACUCAUUUGCUGUUGAUUGGUGGGCUUUGGGUAUAUUAAUCUACGAAAUGGAGGCUGGACAUCCACCUUUUUACUCAUCUGACCCUAGUAAGUUAUACGAAAAAGUACUUGAUGGUAUAUACAAAUGUCCAGAUAAUAUAGGACCUGAAUGCAAAAGUUUAAUAAAAGGCUUACUACAGGUGGAUCCGAACAAAAGAGUUGGAUCCCUAAAGGGUGGGGUGUAUGAUAUUAAAAGUCACCCGUGGUUUAAAGAUAUUUCAUGGCAGUCUAUAUUAAAUCAGAGGGUGCAACCACCAUUUUUACCCCUAUGCCCUGCGCCCGGCGAUACAAGUAAUUUUCCUGAAAUAUCACAAUCCAAGUUAAAAAGAGCCUCAAAAUGUCUUUUUGGGAAAGAGUUUGAAGCAUUCUGAAGACUUUUAUUCGAAAAGAUUUUGUAUUAUUUAAUAUAUUAUCAAACUUAAAAUAAAUCAUGUUUUCACUACUUAGUUCAUUAACCAAAAAUUAAACACUGUAUCGAAAAUUCAAAGAAAG